ACCAACACACACACACACACACAUACAGGAACUGCCUGCCACUCUACCCUCUCGCUCAUGGUGUGUUGAACAGCAGUAGUUGUGUUGCGGAACUCAGCCAGGCAAGAUCGGAACUUCUCUUCUUCAUGCUAUUCUAUGUAACAGUCCAAAGCCAGGAAAUUACUUCUCGCUCUGCUUCACUGUGAUACCUCUCUUCCUCUCUCCCCCUUCCCUCCUCCUCUUCUUCCUCGUCCUCUCCCCCUAGCUCUCUCCUCCUCUUCCUCUCUUGCCCCUCAAACCCAUCUCCCCCGUAGCUGGGGGUUAGUGGGGGUCUGUGUGUGUGUGUGUGUGUGUGUGUGGGGUCAGGAUGGAAGCAGUGGCACUCUACACAUUCCGAGCCACGGAGGUUGACGAACUGAGCUUUAACAAGGGAGACAUACUCAAGAUCAUCAACAUGGAGGACGAUCCUAACUGGUUCACAGCAGAGCUAAACAACAGGAAGGGCUAUGUACCGAAGAACUACAUCAACCUCAAACCCCACACGUGGUUUGCAGGCCGGAUUUCACGGGGCGUGUCAGAGGGCAGACUGAGACAGAGGGAAUGUGGGGCGUUCCUGGUCAGAGAGAGUGAGAGCGCUCCCGGAGAAUUCUCCAUGUCUGUCAGUUAUGGGGACCAUGUGCAGCACUUUAAAGUGCUCCAGGACAGAGGGGGACAGUACUUCGUCUGGGAAGAGGUGUUCUCCUCCCUCAACCAGCUGGUGGAUUUCUACCACAGGAACAGCAUCGCUAAAGAGAGGACGGUUUUCCUACGAGACCCAGGAAACUUGGCCAAGCGCCCUCUUCACGCUAAGGCUGUGUACGACUUCACCCCAAACCACCCGUCCCAGUUACGUUUCCUCCGCGGGGAUUACAUUGACCUACUAGACUGCUCCGAUUCGCUGCGCUGGACUGGCCGUUGCCAUGGGCGUGUCGGAUUCUUCCCUCCAGAGUAUGUCCAGCCCAUGUAACACUAACCUGCAAUGCAAAAGACUGGCCCCAUCCCCUCUCCCACUGACCUGCAAUUCAAAAGACUGGCCCCAUCCCCUCUCCCACUGACCUGCCAUGCAAAAGACUGGCCCCAUCCCCUCUCCCACUGACCUGCCAUGCAAAAGACUGGCCCCAUCCCCUCUCCCACUGACCUGCCAUGCAAAAGACUGGCCCCAUCCCCUCUCCCACUGACCUGCCAUGCAAAAGACUGGCCCCAUCCCCUCUCCCACUGACCUGCCAUGCAAAAGACUGGCCCCAUCCCCUCUCCCACUGACCUGCCAUGCAAAAGACUGGCCCCAUCCCCUCUCCCACUGACCUGCCAUGCAAAAGACUGGCCCCAUCCCCUCUCCCACUGACCUGCCAUGCAAAAUACUGUUACCACCCCCUCUCCCACUAACCUGCCAAACAUAAGACUGGCCCCACCCCCUCUCCCACUAACCUGCCAAACAUAAGACUGGCCCCACCCCCUCUCCCACUAACCUGCCAAACAUACGACUGGCCCCACCCCUACUACAACUGACCGGCCACUGAAGCAAAUUACCACAAAUACUGCACUUCUAAACCUACACACUGUGGAACUUUGCCUCUCUAACACACAUACACAGCAAAUGAAAACAAUUUUCGGUUGAAUUUGAAUGUGACCCGAGAGUCCUUUCUACGGUGAAAAGACAGUCAGACAGACAUUCUGGGACAGGGAACUGACACUACACACUACUCUGGAGGGCUAGCAUGAGUGUUUGAGUGUUUGUGAUUGUGUGAUUGUGUGUUUAUGUUUGUUAGGUCUAGCCUGUCCUUUUUUGUAGCAUCAAUGUCUGGUCUACGCUCUGCCUGUAUAUUAACAUGUUUAUUACUUAGCUUUCUUCUGUGUUCUACUGACCAUAUUAACUUUCAUAUUAACGAUUUUCACCAUGAUGGUCGACCAUGUGAUCAAAAUAUCUUAAUCUCUGUACUUGUAAUGACAAACGGUUUCAAUAAAGAUAUUUAAGUGUGAGGA